AUGACCACAGCAUAAAAGAUUGCCGAAAUUGAGACCGAAAUGAUGAGGACCCAAAAAAACAAGGCCACAUCAUACCAUUUAGGUUUAUUGAAGGCUAAGUUGGCUAAACUGAAGAGAGAAAUGAUCGAUUCCUCUUCUAAAAAGGGAGGUGGCACUUAAGAAGGAUUUGAAGUUUCUAAGAGUGGAGAUUCUCGUAUUGGUAUGAUAGGAUUCCCUUCUGUGGGUAAGAGUACGUUGCUUACCAAACUUACAGGAGUGUUUUCUAAAAUCGCAGCCUACGAAUUUACAACUCUGACCUUGCAUACCUGGAGUGUUACAACACAAAGGUGCCAAAAUCUAAUUGCUUGA